AUGCUCAAUGCUCCAUCCGGCGCGAGUCAAGUGUUCAGGGUCUCUUCGGGUGCUGCAGACAAGCCCAGCGCAGAGCCUAUUAGCUCCGGCAGCACAUCCUCUGCCUUUGGCACGGCAGGUGCUAGACACCGCUCGGCAGUCUGGGCAGCGAAAGGGCCUCACCUUGUUCCGACAUCUGAUGACUCGCCAGGACCGCGGCCUUCUUCUAGCUCUUCAAGGCUACCAGCUGCCUAUUUCCGCCGCCAAACAGCUCUUGGAGACUCGCACUCUAACGACGUAGCGCAACGAUCCCAGUGCCCAAGUGAAAUCCAAGAAAUGCUAAGCCCUUCAGUCGGCCCUUCUGCAUCUCCCUUCUCGCGCGACUACUUCCGCUCUGGCCGCACACAUACUAAGGAGGCGAAGCUGUCAACUUCCCACCAUAUGAGCUUGGGCUCUCAAAGUGUCGAACAGCGGAUGACCGGCGGUGUUCCCGACGCUGCAAGCUCGCAUUGUAGCGCAAACCCGGAGUUGGAGAGGGUUUGGGAAGCUCUUGCCCGAUCUGAGCCGCUGCUGGCUGCUGAACGGCUGAUCAGCUUUGUCGAGGAUAGAUGGGACGUACGACGAGGCAGUCCCGAAGAUCUCGGGGUUGCAAAAGGUGGAAAGGGAGCCACACUCGAGUUCCACUCACAGGAAAAGGGCAAACAGCGUGCCUCAGCAGACAUGCUGGGUGCCCUUCCUCAGGCUGCGGCAAUGACGCUGCUCGCCCUGAGCGGCCGUUUGCCAUCUGAUGUAUUGGGUCGCUGCAACACAGAGGUUCAACGCAAGAUAGCUUACAGACCUAGUUUCGCAUCCCGCGAGCAUAGAGAGGCAGCUAGCCUCGUGUUCGACCUCUGCAUUGUUCUCCCAUAUCAACCCAACACCCCCAGGAAUCGCGGUGCUUGGCCCUCCAUCAGCGCAGCUCAUUUUGAGCUAGACCAUUUCGAUGGCAAGUUCCAUGCUGGCGCCGACUACAUUAGAGCAGUGCUCAAGAAUGGACAGUGCGCCAAAGCGGCCCGAUCGUUUCGUUCACUUGUGGUGAGCGCUCGGAACGAGCGUCGGGCUCUAGAUCAGCAAGCAUCCCCCGGCACGCGGCUGCCUCCGCGACUGCUGAUCGACAUGCGCGAUGCAAUCUCGCCAACACCUUCCCCGGGAGCGAACGGAAUCUGGCCUGAGUUGGAAUUAGAUCGAGCGGAGGCUCUGCUGCUGUUGGGUCAAAUGCUUCGUGAUGGUCUCUUGCCACUCAGUGCGGGCCCGUCGACUCAUCGUUUCGGAAGUGCAGAACGCUUGCCAGCCGCAGUUCUGUUGCGACGUCUAUCGAAGCUAGCAGACGCUUCAGGCGAGCCUGCAACAAGAGCGAGUGCGAUUCUCGCAUCACUUGCUGCUAAGCACUCCGCCCCAAUGGUACCAGUGGGGCCAAGUAGCACGGGCGACCACCUCAAUGUUUCCUCUACAUCGUCCGAUCUUCGCGCUCUAGAUGUCAGCAGUCUCAACACUCUGCUUCACCAUCUUUUACGUCCAGGACACGACGGAAAGGCGGCAGAAUUGCUUCUGAGACAGAGUCUGGCGCGUGGGGUAAAUCCGGAUGGCGUCACCACGAAUUUAAUUCUACGUCGCGCGACAUUGCGCGGCAAUAAACGGCUUGGCAACGCAAUGUUGCGCAUGCUGAAGGGCUACGUGACGGAGCGCUCAUGCCGCUCCACCAACCUGAAGGCAAGGCCGUUGACAUCCACACCCGGCUUCGGCAAGGGAAUUGAAACGGGAGGAGCGGCUUUUGAUGCCCAUAAAGGAGGCGUAAGCUCAACAUACAAUCUUAGCAACCAGCUCGUCGAAGCUAUGCGCGCCAACGACUCCUAUCGCAUGGUUGCCAUUCUGUCGCAUGCGACAGCCACUGGCAGGACGCGAAGACCCAGUGCAGAAUCGCUCGCUGCGCGGAGGAGCUCCCUUGUGCCUACGCGGACUUCUGAUCGACGCAGCUCUGCUGGAUCUUCACGUCAGCAUCUGCCUGGUGCACAGCCAGCAUCGAUCUUUCGCGCCAUCUAUCCCUUUCUGCAUCUGCGACCUCCGAGACGUCUGCCCAAGACCGUGAGAGCACCAAAGGGCGUAAUACUCACGCCCUCCCAACGACAAGAUCCGCCGCCGGUCGGAGCUCCGGAGCUUCAUCCUCGUGUCUUGAGCACCUUUCUCAACUUGUGUGUCAAGACUGGACACGUCGGACUCGCUGAGCGGGUGUGGCGCUUGAUGAAGCAGACAUCCGCCCGUUCUCGGUCAGAGCUAGCUCUUGGACAGCGCACAGGUGCUCACACAUUUCUAACGCCCAACGCUGCGAGAGGGCUAACUGCUUGGCACGUGCCCAUCGAAGCUGCCACUUCUAUAUUUCGGACAUAUGCUCGGGAAGCUCGGAUUGGACUGAGACUCGUGCGACGACCCCUCCGCUCAAGUCGCUUGAAAGCGCACACGAGGCUUGAGGCGCGACUGGGUAUGCGUGCGGCCACGCCGAGACGGAUGCAGCAGCGCGAAUCGAGUGACAGAAAAUUGAGAUCCGUAGCUUGGCCUGGGAGAAAGGGCAAAGCCUACGGGCUGCUACCUCUCGCUUCCCGCACGACGAGCAAGUCACGUGCGGUGCCAAACUUAUCCCGCAGUCUUCAGAUGAGGCGAAGACGAAGGAAAUGUUUCCCAAUCGGCUGGGGAAUAUAUGCUCUGCGCAGGCAAAUUCCGAGAGCGUUAAUGGCUCGCCGAGUUGCUAAGAGCGAGUAUCUGGCGCUACGGCAGGAGUGGCAACUCGGACAGUGGACAGACAGUGCACCCCGAAUCGCCUCGUCGCCCCGCGACAUUACGACGCGUCCGGAUGGACUCUUUUUCGAUGCGCUGCUGGACAUUUUUGGUAGGCGACGCGAUAUGCGGGUCCGCCGCGCCAAAUUCCACGCCAGUACUGGACUCUUUCUCAGCAGGCGUGGGACAAGAGGAAGGACGUCUGGUGCCCGGAGUGCAGCUGUCGGAGCUCUCGCCGGUGAAAGGCUAGAGGAUGUUUCUAGCAUACACACGCCAGCAGAAGUCGCCCAGAAGCUAAAAGAUCGCGUCGCAGAAAGUUUCGAAUCAGCGUCAGACCACCAUAUGCUGCUUCUCGUUCUAUGCGACAUGGCCGAGUGUGGUGUACCCAUCCCUCUGGCUUUCCAGCAUUUGCUACCUCGGGGAGUGCCAUCGCCAAAGACCGAUCAUCAUGUCGGCAGCGCGUUUCGGGUUGACAAGCGGUACAGAACGCUACCUGCGCACGAUGCCGUCGCUCGAAGAAUGCAUCAGCAGCGGCUCGAGAAGAAGGCUCGUGACGGCAAGGCGGCGACCAUUGCGCGCGCGCUACGCAAAGCGAACCAAGUCACAGUUAAGAAGGAUAAAAAUGGAUAG